CGGGCUUCAAAACGGAUUGCUUUCCUGUGUCUGAAUUCUCAGGGUGGUCAGUUUCUUUUCCCCUCUCAGCUGUCAGCUGCUCUGGAGAUUAGUUUCAUACUAAGGAUUCUUUCUUUAAAGCAAUAUGAAGCGACUACUUUCACGGGGGCACCAGCUGUUUUGCUUUUACCCUGUCUCAAGCCAACAUGUCGCUGAAAAAUGAGCCAAGAGUAAAUACCUCUGCACUGCAGAAAAUCGCUGCUGACAUGAGUAAUUUGAUAGAAAAUCUGGACACGCGAGAGCUCCACUUUGAGGGAGAGGAGGUGGACCACGAUCUGUCUCCCAGUGAUCCCAGGAUACAGGAAGUGUAUAUCCCUUUCUCUGCGGUUUAUAAGACUCAAGGAUUUAAGGAGCCUAAUGUACAGACAUAUCUCUCCGGCUGCCCAAUAAAAGUUCAAGUUCUGGAAGUGGAGCGCUUCACAUCUACAAAAAGGGUACCAAGCGUCAAUCUUUACACUAUUGAAUUAACACAUGGGGAAUUUAAAUGGCAAGUGAAGAGGAAGUUCAAGCACUUUCAAGAAUUUCACAGAGAACUGCUCAAGUACAAAGCCUUUAUCCGAAUCCCCAUUCCCACGAGAAGACACACAUUUAGAAGACAGAAUGUCAAAGAAGAGCCCCGAGAGAUGCCAGCUUUGCCCCGCACAUCUGAAAACAUGAUCCGGCAAGAAGAACAGUUCUUUAGUAGAAGGAAACAGCUGGAAGAUUACUUGACGAAGUUACUAAAAAUGCCCAUGUAUAGAAACUAUCAUGCGACAACAGAAUUUCUUGAUAUAAGCCAGCUGUCUUUCAUCCAUGAUUUGGGACCAAAGGGCAUAGAAGGUAUGAUAAUGAAAAGAUCUGGAGGACACAGAAUACCAGGCCUGAAUUGCUGUGGCCAGGGGAGAGCCUGCUAUCGGUGGGCAAAGAGGUGGUUGAUAGUAAAAGAUUCCUUUUUACUGUAUAUGAAACCAGACAGUGGUGCUAUUGCCUUCGUCCUGCUGGUGGAUAAAGAAUUCAGAGUUAAGGUGGGGAGGAAGGAGACAGAGACGAAAUAUGGACUCCGAAUUGAUAAUCUUUCAAGGACACUGAUUUUAAAAUGCAACAGCUAUAGACAUGCUCGGUGGUGGGGAGGGGCUAUAGAAGAAUUCAUCCAAAAGUAUGGCCCCGACUUUCUCAAAGAUCAUCGAUUUGGGUCAUAUGCUGCUAUCCAAGAGAACACUUUAGCUAAAUGGUAUGUUAAUGCCAAAGGAUAUUUUGAAGAUGUGGCAAAUGCAAUGGAAGAGGCAAAAGAAGAAAUAUUUAUCACAGAUUGGUGGUUGAGUCCAGAAAUCUUCCUGAAACGUCCGGUGGUUGAAGGAAAUCGUUGGAGGUUGGACUGCAUCCUUAAGCGAAAAGCACAACAGGGGGUAAGGAUCUUUGUUAUGCUCUACAAAGAGGUGGAACUUGCCCUUGGAAUCAAUAGUGAAUAUAGCAAGAGGACUCUGAUGCGUCUACACCCCAACAUUAAGCAACAGGGGGUAAGGAUCUUUGUUAUGCUCUACAAAGAGGUGGAACUUGCCCUUGGAAUCAAUAGUGAAUAUAGCAAGAGGACUCUGAUGCGUCUACACCCCAACAUUAAGGUGAUGAGGCACCCGGAUCACGUGUCAUCCAGCGUAUACCUGUGGGCUCAUCAUGAGAAACUCGUCAUCAUCGACCAGUCGGUGGCCUUUGUGGGUGGGAUUGACCUGGCUUACGGGAGGUGGGAUGACAACGAACACAGACUCACGGAUGUGGGCAGCGUGAAGCGCGUCAUCGGGGGACCGUCUCUGGGUUCCCUCACAGCUGAAACAACAGAGUCUAUGGAAUCCUUAUGCCUCAAAGAUAAAAGCGAAUCUGAUAAAGAUCUGCCCAUCCUGAAGUCUCCGGAUGAUGCAAAUUCAAAACUGAAAGGAAUAGGAAAGCCCAGCAAGUUCUCCAAAUUCAGUCUCUACAGGCAGCUGCACAGACACCAUCUACAUGACACAGACAGCAUCAGCAGCAUCGACAGCGCCUCCAGUUAUUGUAAUCACUGUAGGAGUCGUCAGAAUUUAAUCCAUGGUUUAAAGCCCCACUUGAAACUCUUUCGCUCUUCCAGUGAGUCUGAGCAGGGGCUUACUAGACCUAACAUUGACACAGCCUCCCUCCGAAGUGUACAGACACGUGUGGGAGAGCUCCAUGGGGAAACCAGAUUCUGGCACGGAAAAGACUACUGCAAUUUCGUCUUCAAAGACUGGGUUCAACUCGAUAAACCUUUUGCUGAUUUCAUUGACAGGCACUCCACCCCCCGGAUGCCAUGGCAUGACAUAGCCUCUGCAGUCCACGGGAAGGCAGCUCGCGACGUGGCCCGUCACUUCAUCCAGCGCUGGAACUUCACGAAGAUUAUGAAACCAAAAUAUCGGUCCCUUUCUUAUCCUUUUCUGCUACCAAAAUCUCAAACAACAGCCCACGAGUUGAAAUACCAAGUGCCUGGGUCUGUCCAUGCUAAUGUACAGUUACUCCGCUCUGCCGCUGAUUGGUCUGCUGGUAUCAAGUACCAUGAAGAAUCCAUCCAUGCUGCUUACGUCUAUGUGAUAGAGAACAGCAAGCACUAUAUCUAUAUAGAAGUAAGUUUAUGUAUUUAUUUGGCUGAACUGGGUCUUAGUUGUGGCAUGUGGGACCUUGGUUGUAUGAUGUGUGUGAUGAAACUCUCUACGCCUGACUUUUGCAGGGGAAGCCAGAGAUACCGGGUGUAUGUUGUGAUACCACUUCUGCCAGGCUUUGAAGGAGACAUUUCAACCGGUGGAGGAAAUGCCCUGCAGGCAAUAAUGCACUUCAACUACAGAACCAUGUGCAGAGGAGAAAAUUCCAUCCUUGGACAAUUAAAAGCAGAGAUUGGCAAUCAGUGGAUAAAUUAUAUAUCCUUCUGUGGCCUUAGAACACAUGCAGAGCUUGAAGGAAACCUAGUCACUGAGCUUAUCUAUGUCCACAGCAAGUUGCUAAUUGCUGAUGACAACACCGUUAUUAUUGGCUCUGCCAACAUAAAUGACCGAAGCAUGCUGGGAAAACGAGACAGUGAAAUGGCAGUCAUUGUGCAGGACACGGAGACAGUCCCUUCGGUGAUGGAUGGAAAAGAGUACCAAGCUGGUCGGUUUGCCCAAGGACUUCGGCUUCAGUGCUUUCGGGUUGUCCUUGGCUAUCUUUCUGGCCCCAGUGAAGAUAUUCAGGAUCCAGUGAGUGACAAAUUCUUCAAGGAGGUGUGGGUUUCAACCGCAGCUCGGAAUGCUACAAUUUAUGAUAAGGUGUUCCGGUGCCUUCCCAGUGAUGAAGUACACAAUUUAAUUCAGCUGAGAGACUUUAUCAGCAAGCCCAUAUUAGCAAAGGAGGAUCCCAUUAGAGCUGAGGAAGAACUGAAAAAGAUCCGUGGGUUCUUGGUGCAAUUCCCCUUUUAUUUCUUGUCUGAAGAAAACCUACUGCCUUCUGUUGGAACCAAGGAAGCUAUGGUGCCCAUGGAGGUUUGGACUUAAGCGUUACACUUGUUUGCAGCUCAGAGACUUCCGCUCUGAAGAGUACAUGUCACAUUCUGACUUUCUGGAGACCUAACAGACAAAGCCAGACCCAGAGCACAUAUCCACAGCUUGGAUUGCAACUCUUUGAGUUGACUUGGAAGGGCUGCAGUCAUACUGAUGUAAGGACAAUGAACAUCGGCAUGGCUUUAUAAUUCCUCGUGCCUCUCCUUGUGAGAAAGGGACUGCGUUCUUAGGUAGUAUAUACCCAACAGCUUCAACACAUAUUUCAAUUCUGUGAUGUAUACCGAAGUGCAUUUUCUUGGCUAACAAGAAUUUAUCUGUAACUGUGAUCUACGUUGCCCAAAGUUGUCUGAACCUCCUUAAUUUCCUCUGAGCCUCACACAUGCAGCUGUUGUUUGCUGGACCUGCCUUCAUCUUGUAAUCCAUACUGGCUCUGUUUCACAGAAUGUUUACUGCUGGAAGAUGUUGUGAUGCUGCUCUGAGAUUCUUGAAGUUUCCAUGGGAUGCUCUGCCCAUCUGGUCCUGGAGUUGUGGUGUGCACCCAACCAGGGAUGUGGUCCUUCUUCCCUUCCAGUGGCUGAAAGGACAAGACAGACCUUAGUCUACACAGCAGCCCAUGUUAGGUACUUCUGAUAAUAUUGAUAGUAUGUAUCUUGACACGACAGAGCAACAGGAAGGAAUUAAAUUUGAUUAUUACAGCAGAGAUUUCACUUUACCUCCAAAGGCACUGACAAGAUGUAUCCUUAUGAAAGGGCCCACCGGAUCAGAUUUGAAAACAUGUGUAGGAUAUUUGAUUACACAGCAACCCAUAAAACUCAAAGACAGAGCAUACAGCCUUCAGAAAUCACCAACAUGUUGGUGGGAAUCAGAUUCAGAUAAGGAAAGAACAUUUCUUACAGUCCUGUAAAAUUUCCUGCCAUCCAUAGCUGCCAGAUUGAUUGAAAUUGGAGUUUCUACAUCUCAAAAUAAAACCAGCAAAUACAA